UGGAGCGGAGGGAAGGAGAGGAAACCGUCCCCUGUCAGAAGAAUGCGUCCCUUCAGACCUUACGUCAGCCCGGACUCUUUAACAGGCUGUCAGCGCAGCUCCGGACGCAGACUCGAGGUGCGCCGAGAUGUCGUGGAGGAGACGAGGAUGUAGCUCACCUGCAGACUGCUGCGUGUGGUGCGUUUAAAGACCCGAGCUCAGUUCUGGAUUCAAUGCAUGUGCAGUUCCUCACCAGUGAUGAGUUGGCUCCUGUUGUGGAUUCUAACAGCAGCUGGGAUUCAACAGGCCUACUCCCUGAAUUCCACUGCCAUGCCGCCCGCCACCGCCGCCGUGUCCCCGACUGCAGACUCGUACAACCGCACGCAGUACUGCAAGUGGCCCUGCGAGUGUCCCGAGGUCGUACCCAAGUGUCCGCCGGGUGUGAGCCUCCUCAUGGACGGCUGCGACUGCUGCAAGACCUGCGCCCGGCAGGUGGGCGAGGUGUGCAACGAGGCGGACACCUGCGACUACCACAAGGGACUGUACUGCGACUACAGCUCGGACAAGCCUAGGUACGAAAAAGGAGUGUGUGCAUACAUGGUGGGAACCGGCUGUGAGCACGACGGUGUCAUCUACCGUAACGGGCAGAGCUUCAAGCCCAGCUGUAAAUACCAGUGUGUGUGUGUGAACGGUGCCAUCGGCUGUGUGGCGCUGUGCACCGAGUCCCAGCCUCCCCGAGUGUGGUGCCAAACCCCACGGCGGGUGAAAGUCCGGGGAAUGUGCUGCGAGCAGUGGAUCUGUGACGAACCCAAGAGAGGGCGCAAGACAGCGCCGCGACAUGCAGUAGAGGCCUACCCAGCUGAGACCAGGAGCUGGCACAAAAACUGCAUUACCCAGACUACCUCAUGGAGCCCCUGCUCUAAGACGUGUGGCCGCGGCCUGUCCAUGAGGAUCUCCAACGCCAACGAGCAAUGUGAGCUGGUCAAAGAGUCUCGUCUCUGCAACCUGCGGCCGUGUGAGGUCGACAUCACCAAACACAUCAAGCCUGGAAAGAAAUGUCUGAACAUCUACAGGGAAGAUCAGCCCUCCAACCUCACCAUCUCUGGCUGCACCAGCAAGAAGCAGUACAGGCCCAAAUACUGUGGAGUCUGCACUGACGAGCGCUGCUGCAUCCCAUACAAGUCCAAGACCAUCGACGUGGAGUUCGAGUGCCCUAACGGGACGGGAUUCACCUGGAAGAUGAUGUGGGUUCAGGCCUGCUUCUGCAACCUCAGCUGCAAAAACCCUAAUGACAUCUUUGCCGAGUUGGAGAGUUACUAUGGUUACCCUGAGGUCAUGAACUAAGAAGUGACAUGUCGGUUUUGCUCUCUGCUUGGAGGAGCAACCUCACUUUUUCCUGACUUCUUUUUCUUACGCAGUGUUUUGUAUUUGUAAUGAGUGUGAUCAAGGGAUUCUCUUACGGUCUUUUUUCCUAUUGGAAAAAUCUGUAAAUAUGAAAUAUGUAUGUGUCUCCAGAAUGGAUUCAUAAAGCAUGGGGGACUUUCAAAAGAACUCUUGUAAAUGAAAAUAUUCAACAGAGCAUGUGAAAUAUUGAAGGUUUAAUUUAUUUAUGCGGCUUUUUUCAUAUGUAAUAAUGUGUCGUUCCUGGGAUGCCUGUCUUUGAACUCACAAGUCUAACUAGAUAAUACUUGUGAAUAUUUUCUUAUGCAUUUUUUUUUUAAAGUGGAGAUGGACUGAGAUGCCAAAGAUGAAACCUUAUUUUUAAGACUCCAUUGUCAAAUAUGCAACAAUGACACAAUCAGGGAAGCUCUGUUACAAGUUUUUUAUUGUCAUUUUUCUUAAUAAAUACAAACUGUUAUGUCA